GUGACAACUUUCCAAGUCAAAAGUCGUCCUCAGAUUCUUUACUAAGUUUCUCUCCCUUUAUCUCUCUGAACAGCCUGAGACUUGCCAUUUCCACUCUUCUUCUUCUUCCAAUUUCCACGAUGCCGAUCCGAAGAAAACUUGAGGAAGCUGUGCCAAUUCUGCUUCCCCUUCUUGAUGAAAUGAUGGCAGGUCUCAACAACCAAGACGCGUUUGUUAAAUUGGAAGGGAUCAGAGGGUACUUUGAGGGGAAGAAAGUUUUGUUCCCUAAUCUCAAGACCGUGGAAGACGAGCUCCUGCAGAAAUUCACUGUGCUUGAAGAAGAAAUCGACAACUCUAAGUAUACUAAUACUGAUGCCCCCCAAGGCACUCCCAGAUAUUCUUCCUUGAGGCUUGAUUCCAUUGAAAAAAUAUUCAAAAGCAUAGCCGAUCUUAUUCAAAAAUUCCAAUCCUUGCAGAUAGAAAGCACGGACACGUCCCGAAAAGAAGCCGAGUCAGCGGCCCAUGAGGCGGAGAUUUCAGAAGAAUGGUCUGCAUUAAAGGUGGGGGAUCUCAUUCUUGGCUCCCCAGCAAUGUCUUGUCUGCAGUUGAAUUAUAACAUUCUUGAUGUUCAGAUGAAGCUCUGCCUGCUAUGUUUCUCCAUAUUUCCGGCCAAUUCGGUAAUAAAAAAGAGGCCCUUGGUUUAUUGGUGGAUUGGGGAGGGUUUGGUGGCCAAAACCAAGGACAAGACUGCAAUGGAAGAGGGAGAUAGAAUCUUUGGAGAGCUGAUCAACAAGGGCUUUCUAAUUGCACAAUACAAGCCACGCGACGAAGGCCAAGACAAGAAUCCCAUUGUGGAUAGCUGUAAAAUGCACUCUUGGAUUCGCCUUAUGUUGAUCAGGAUUGCUAGAGAUGCUGAGUUGUUUGAUUCUGAUGCCCCUGGCCCAGGCCCUGGCACCAGAUCACGCAGCAUGUGUUUGGUUCCUCCGACCUACAAUGUUUCUGCAGGGGGUCCUCCACAACAACCAGCUAAUCCGGCCACAGUCACAGAAGCAGGAGCGGGUCCUGAUACAAGUCGUUUAUUGACUUUGUUCAAUGUGAAUGAGCAAUAUCUCAAUAUCCCCCAUGACUGGUUUUCAAAGGAGAACAAAAUUGUGGUUCUUCAGCUUGGGAGGUGGAAGGAUUCAGCCAAGCACCACAAUGAAGUUGAAAAUGAAGACCACAUAGAAGUCGAAAAUGAAGACUUCUUGAAAGCUUUGGGGACCAAGAAGCACUUGAAGUAUCUCAGCCUGCGAGGAAUUUCAAGAAUCACUGAAAUACCUUCCACAAUCCGUAAACUCAUUAAUCUUGAAAUACUGGAUCUCAGGGCAUGUCACAAUCUGGAGAAACUACCAUCUGACAUUUCAUCUUUGAAGAAGCUGACGCAUUUAGAUAUAUCAGAGUGCUACUUGCUAGAGAGCAUGCCCAAGGGCCUGGACAAGCUGAGUUCCCUCCAAGUGCUCAAGGGUUUUGUGGUAGCAACUUCAAGAAAGGGUCCUGGCAGGCUUGGAGAUGUUGCUGGCCUGACGAAACUUAGAAAGCUGAGUAUAUAUAUCCCAAGUGACGCUUACAUUGAAGAGGCAGAGCUUAGUAAGUUGGAGGAGGUUUCAACUCUUCGCAUUCUAUCAAUAACAUGGGGAGGAGGACGAGGAGGAGGAGGAAGAGUGCAGGCUGAAACUGAACCAUCAGGAAAGCCAACAACCACAGAUAGGAAAAAAUCUUUCGCCUCGAAAAAGGACCGUCACCAAGUGCAGAGGACAGACAUAAAGACGAUGGGGUCCUUAUCCUUUCCUCAAAAGUUAGAGAAACUGGAUCUUUGGUGUAUCCCUUGUGAAACCAAGCCAGCUUGGUUAAAUCCUGAUAAGUUAAACAGUUUAAAAAGGCUCUACAUUAGGGGAGGAAAGCUUCAUAGUUUGAGUUUUGAGGGGAAUAACAAGAAGUGGAAUGUUCGGAUUUUGCGUUUGAAAUAUCUACAUGAUUUGCAGGUAGAUGAGGAACAAUUGCGGGGUGACUUCCCACGCCUCAUUCACUUGGAGAUAAAAGAUAAAAUCAUGGAAGGCAAAGGGGAGGAUGAGCAUGGAGGCAGCAGCCAGCAGCAGCAGGACCAGGUCCUGAACAACUGAUCAGCACUUUCUCCAGCUAUUUCAAAAUUCUUGGUGAUUUUGCUUUGCAUGAAAUGGCUUUGAAUCAUGUAUAGAUCGAUAUGAGAAUUGACAUAGGAAAAAACAUUACAUAUGAAACGAACUGUUCCGUGAGGAGUAUGGGUUUAACUGAGUGAAUCUUCAACCCUAACACAGCCAUGUGGGGUGUUGUCAGUCUUGUUAUGCAUGGGAAAUGAAUGUGAAAGAAAAGCCCCUCAGCUGGCAUUAUAUAUGUUUUGAUUCUAGUAGUUGGAACUGUAAAUUUCUAAAAUUACUCAGCUGCCUUGCAAGUUGCAAGUGUGUGUA